AUGGAGGCGAAGCAAGACCCGACUGCUCCUGAUGAGACAAAUAACAAUUUAGAGGCUCUGUGUACUGAUAUGUUCACUAAAAGUACAAAGUAUCUUCAAGGUGAACUAAAUGCUACUGUUGGCGAAUACGAGUUGUUACACGAUCUCAACGAUGCUGCUGUCGUCAAAUAUAGUGAUAUGGCCACGCUGGUGGGCUCAUUGAAAGAUACAAUGCAAGAUGUGAAUGAAAAAUAUGUUAAACUGCUACCCUAUCUGAAAAAGAUCGACGAACUUGAGAAAAGUAUUCAAAAAUUAGAAACUGUGGCUAAGGAUCUUGAUAGUUAUUCUAAAAGACUUGGUAUGAUGUCUAUGAAACAUUUGUAG